AAUAGAGGCAAUAAAGAGACUGGUGGAAUCCGUUUCACGGGCUGCUCCGUCGUUGGGUUAAAACAAAAGAAUUCAAGAGUCCGAGACAGGUCAAAACCAAUGGGUCUCUACCAGCUGCCUCUGACGUUGGUCCUUUUACUUUCUCUGCUAGGAGCUGUGUCCUCUUCAAGGGAAAUUCCUGGACUUUUCGGGGCGUCUGUGUAUCUAUCUGGGGAUGUGACUGUCACCGAGAACCAUCAGAUAGAAUGGAAUAUGGGAACCACGCUGCUUGCGAGACACAUCCCAGGAAAUGCACCAGCAUACUAUUCAAAAUGCAGCGGGAGGUGUGAAUUAUUCCCUAAUGCGACAUUAAGGAUGGACAGACUGGUAACUACAGAUGAUGGAGGUUAUUCCGUCUCAGUUAAGCUUGAUAAUACUUUAUAUCAAGUCACAGUGCAGCUGAAAGUAUACAGGCAACUCAGUGCUCCAUCCCUCACAAUAUCUGUUAACAACCGGCCAGUGGCUGGCAGCAACAUAAGUCUACAAUGCAAUAUCGGUGGUCAGGUUGUCCACACUUACUACUUCUUCCAAAAUAAUAAAUAUGUUUCCUGCGACCUGCCGCAUAUCACCUGUAAUCAGUCCAGCCCCCUCCUGUCCUUCCAACCAAUCACAGAAAGCGAUAGUGGAAACUACACAUGCGGAAUCGAUAAUCCUGUUAGCAUUAACAUCAGUGCUCCCUUGAGUGUUAAUGUAGCAGUGAGGGUCUCUCAGGUGACCCUGAAAAAUAAUGCCUCAAGUCCAGUAUUGGCCGAGAAGGAUUCGGUUUCUUUAUCGUGUUCGGCACUUGGCACAGAUCUCAGUUAUAAUUGGAGCCUAGAUGGACGAUUCCUAACUCCGAACCCCCGAUAUCACUUCAUCAAUAACAACUCGACCCUCGUCAUCAGUCCCGUCUCCAGGAGCGACCAGGGGUAUUUCGUUUGUACGGUCUAUAAUUACCUUAAUUCUAUGACCAGCAACCCACUGAACCUGACAUGGUACCCAGAAGGCUCUCUUGAGUGUUCUGCAGCAAAACUUGAUCAGAAUUUACAGUUGAGUUGCUCCUGGCCCGGGGGAUACCCAUCUGCGGACAUUCACAUGCGCUACUAUAACCUAAGUGAAAGGGGGCAAGACCAACUGACCACAAUUUUGCCAAUGCGUCUUGGAGAGCAGCUUUCCUGUACUGGUGCACAAUGGGGGUCAAUCAGAACGUGUGCACUUGACAUUGAUGCUCCACAAUCUGCAGGGUUCAUUAAUAACAGCGUCAUUGAAGGUAUACUUGGCGGUACCAUUAUUUUAAGCCUUUCUUUGAGCAGAAGCAGCAGCAAAUCUUCCCUUUCGUCAACGGAAAGCAUUCUUCCUGCGAAAUUCUCUUGGAGAUGGGUCACCAACUCCUCCAUCCUCCUUCCAGUAGACAACAUGAAAGUGAUUUCCAAUGAUUUUGAAUCAUAUCUUAUAGUGUCCUCGCUGACCAAGGAACUCGGAGGACAAUUUAUAUGCACAGCUGAAAAUAUUUUAGGAAGCACAGACUUUAACUUUGUUCUCAAUGUGAUUGCAGAAGAAGGUAGUCCCAGCUGUGAUGCCCUAUCUCCUGGUGCUAUAGCCGGGAUUGUAAUCGGUGCUGCAUGCUUUGUGAUGUUCGUUGUGGUCACUAUUAUCCUAAUCCAUAAGAAGACGAGCAGUGAUACAAACGGCAAAGGAAGAGAGGAAAAUGAUCCUGGCUUUUUCCCAAAUCUCAGCCCUAUAAAUAUUCCACGAGUUGAUAGUUUUACUGGUAAAAAUAUCCAAAACAAGUCAGAUGACGAGGAACGCGCUUAUGAGGAUAUUAAGGUAAUUCCUCGACCCGUUUGCGACCAUACGGACUUACCGUCAGAUGACAAGGAACGCGCUUAUGAGGUACCAAGCAUACCUCCAAAUAUUUACAAAAACCUCCUGAAGCAACGACCAUAAAGAACUUAAAGAGAAUACGGAAAUAGAAUCUGAUCCUUUUCAAAGAUGGUUACACCAACCGCUGUAUAACUUCACAUGGGAGAAACCAAAGAAUCAUUGUACUGAGAAAUGAUCAACAGGAAUACAUUUCAAGUCUUAUGGCAUAUUUAAAAUACCAGUAUAUAGAACUGGUCCAUAGCCCUCUGGUAUUUACAUAAGGUGUAUAUGUGUGGUCUGCAGUGACCCCUAGUGGUCCCUAAAAAUAUUGCAAAACUGCAAUUUUCAAACUGGAAUUUAUGAUUUAUGUACCUACUUUAACAAGUUAAACUGUUGUAUAUCAAUAAAAAGCAUGAGACAGUCAA